AUGCGUAAGAUCUCUGGAGUUUGUUGCCACCCACUGACUGGCUUACAGAAACAGGAAGAGACGGACGAGGAGAUCGCUCAAGCCAUGCAGCAGCAGGAGAUCGAGGAGGUCGAGGAAAGAUCGGCGGGUCAGCCCGUCACCAACGCGCGCAAUGGCGAGGAGGACAUGGAGAUAAGACAGGAUCCAUGUAUGAAGCAUGAUCCCGGGAACCCAAAGAGAGCAGACGUGUCGGAGAGAGCGUCAAGAUUCACUUCUACCUUCGUCAGGAAGGCGGCGAGUGUAGGGCAGAAGGUGGACAGAGGUCUUAUGAAGGCAGCAUUCAUGUUCGACAAGGAAGCAGACAAAAUUGCAGACUUGGCGAAGGAGAAGGCGUCGACCGGCUUUUCCUCCCUCUCAUCCAAGGCAAGCUCCCUCAAGUCUGUGAUAGGAAGGAAGGUCAAAGAGGUCGGCAAGUCAACCAUCAUCACUGAAGCCAUGCAAGAGGUCAAAAGUGCCCUAGAGAUCGAGAAAGUUGAGCUCGAGACUCCAGCCGUUGCCAUCACUUUGACGACCCGGCAAGGCUUCGGUUUGACUUCCAUGGCACUUCACAAGGACUCGAUCUACUGCACGCUGGAGAGCAGCAGCAUGGUGGGCAAACUCGGCUCCUUCCUCCGAGGAGCAUCGCGGAACAGCAAGGGGGAGAUGACGAUCUGGCACGAGGAGCUUGAUGGCAAGUACAUGCAGCGAGAUAUUAACCUGGGGAGCGAGUUGGACGGCAGCUUCUCCUCCAUAGCCAUAUCUGGGGACGGCAUGUUCGUGCUGGGGGAUGCCAAGGGAAGCCUUUGGGUCCUCGAGCAGAAUAUCCAGCACAUCGAGAGCAGUUCGACAGCUGCAGAGCUCAAACUCCUCCACAGCAGCCAGUACCACACCAAGAGAGUCUCCUCCCUGGUACCUGCUGGGGAUGGAGUCCUCAAGCUUGUCAAGCCGACGCGUCCAGCUGGACUCGGGCAGGUGGAGACGCUGCAGGAGCUGCGAACUCCAAACCACUCGCCGAUCGUGCGCACUGCCAUGCACCCUGACGAGCAGAGGCCCAUGAGGAUCGAGUUGCCGUCCUGCUGUGGGAUGCAGACAAGCGAGCUCUGUGGUCAGAUCAACAACAACAACAACAACAACAACAACAACAACAACAACAACAACAAUAACAACAACAACAACAACAACAACAACAACAACAACAACAACAAGAUCAUCAUCAUCAUCAUCACCAUCACCACCACCACCAUCAUCAUCAUCAUCAACAACAACAACAACAACAACAACAACAACAACAACAACAACAACAACAACAACAACAACAACAACAACAACAACAACAACAUUACCAUCCCCAUCAUAUCUCUAUCACCAUCAUUGAGCGUUCCAAAAGUGAAAGUAGCAUGGCAGGGAGCGAGCGGGAGGUCAAACUUUGGGGUCCUCGAUUCUUUGGUAGCCUAG